AUGGCGUCGCACGCGCUGGUAGCCUCGCACGCCACGGCGGCGGCGCUGCUGGGGUGUAAUCGUCAUCGGCGUAGAGUUUCCGUCGCGAGGUGGCACCGAUGCGUCGUCGUCGCGUCCUCUUCCGGCGGAGACCCCGCGGGACGCAGACGAGGGGACGGAUCAUUCGAGGCUUCAACCUCGUCCGCGUCGACCCCGUCCCCGUCGCGCGCGCGCAAGAACCGCGCGGCAGCGUCCAAGCCCCGCAACGCGAUCGCCACGGGCUCGGGAGAGUGGGACUCCGACGACGACGCCUCCGUUCCGUCCGCCGGUCCCCAGCCCCCCGCGCGCGCGCCGGCCGAUCGCGCGGCGACGACGCGCCCACCCAAGGCGAAGCCGCGGGCCAAGGCGCGCGACUCCCCUUCCGAGGACACCGAGCUGGUCAUGGUGCUCGAGCGCCGCGGCGAGGGAUGGUCCGAGGAGGUUUUUCCCCACGUGGUCAUGAAGCGCAGGCCGGUGGAGCGCAAGGCACGACCCGCCGCCAAGGCUGCCAAGGCUGACACCGCCGAGCUCUACCUGGAGGAGCGCCUCGGUUUUUCGCGAGACGACGCCGUCGCGACAAUCAGCGCCGCCGCCGCGUGGAGGGUGACGCCCCGCGGCCGCGCGCUCGUGGACAAGAAGAUGAUGCGCGCGGUUCAGAGCAACACCCGGGACGCCAUCGAGUGCAUGCGCCAGGUGGGCGCGUCCGAGGAGGACAUCCCCAAGCUCAUCCGCGACACGCCGCAGAUCCUCGCCAUUGUGCCCAUCAACGAGUGGAACCGCCGGCUGCUGGAGUACGUGGUGCGAACCAAGGUGCCGGGCGGCGGGAGGCUCGGCCCGCUCAAGCUCUCCAACCGCGGGCGCCUGCCCAAGGAGGAGAAUCGCAAGGGCGAGGCGAUGAAGCCCUGGGUCAACGAGGUUCGCGAGCUUCGUCGGUUCGGCAGGCUGACGCAGGAGCAGAUGUACAUGCUCGACGUCGCCGGCUUUGACGCCAACGUCAAGGAGACGAAGCGAAUCGGGGAGUCGAGGCGCACGUGGGAGAUGUGGUUCGACGAGCUCGUGGAGUACCAGUGCAAGCAGGGCACCGUCAACAUACCGGAGGAGCGCGCGGACGCGGGCCUGGGCCUCUGGCUCAAGCGGCAGAAGGAGAAGCACCGCGAGGGGAAGCUCGGGACCAAGGCGCUCAAGCGCCUCGUCGCCAUCGGCGUCAACUUCGAGGGGUACUACCCCCAGAGCCCGAUCAAGCCCAAGCGCGGCCGACCGCCCAAGAAUGCCUCCAAGACGGACGCGGCGGAGGCUGGCGUAUCCCGGGAUGAACGCGGCGAGGGUCUCGUCUCGAACGGGGGGUCCGACUGCACCGUCGAGGGUUUGGCGGGGGCGUCGGAGGGGACGAAGGAUUGGCGCCGCGUCCUCGGCCCCGACGGCGUCGAGUACGUGUACGAGCUGAAGCGUUGGCAGUCCGUGGAGGGCGAGUUCAUCGAACCGCCGCUCGGGUCACCCCUGGCGGUGUGGCUCGCGAGGGUGAGGGCGCGGGCGGCGGAUGACGCCGAGGACCCGCUGCCGGACGCGGAGCGCGAGGCUCUCGUGGACGCGGGCAUCGAGCUCGAGAACUUCUCGCCCGUGUGGCUGGGCGAGCUGGAGAAGUUUUACGGCCUAAGGCAGCACAGGGUGACGCUCCACGAUCCGGUGGCGCAGCGCGCGUUCGUCGAGGAGCAGAGGCAGCUCGCCGCGGAGGGGAAGCUCUCGACGGCGAAGCUCCGGCGGCUCAAGGCGGCGGGGGUGUCUGGCAUCUCCGGCGCGCUUCAGCUCGACUUUCUCACCCUGGACUCGAUCGACGAGCUCGACGACGAGGAGUUCGCGCCAUGGCCCACCGCCGCGCCGCGCAGCGAGGACCCGGAAGACCUCGUGCAGUCGCUCAUGCGCGAGAACGUCGUCGCGGCGGCUGCGGCUGCGGCGGCGAGAGCCGAGGCUGAGCGCACGCGGGAGACUCCGAGGACGAGGAGGGCGCCGGCGGCUCGAGCGCGAAGGCGACCGAUGGCUCCCAUCGCGCCCGGCCCGAGCGGCGUGAAGAAGGAGGAGGGUCUGGGGUCCAUGGACGAUGACGACGAGGAGGAGGUGGUGGAGGAGGAGGAGGUUGUGGCGGCGGAUCCUCCCGAGUUUGAGAGGGCGAGGACCUGA